AUGUGUAAGGGUCAUGAUGCAGCUAAAGUUGUUCUGGAAGAAUCUGGAGAUAGAACUUUAAUGUGGGACGAGAUCAAAUGCUUCUUAAAUGCAAGAUACGUGUCUGCCCCUGAAGCAGCGUGGAGGCUGUUUGAAAAAAGAAUGCAUUCUAAGUCGCACUCCAUCAUACGACUACCGGUUCAUUUGGAAAACCUGCAGCCCGUCUAUUUUGCCGAAUCCGAAGAAAGGAAUGCUUUCCAGAGAGCUGCCGAGAAAAAUACCAUGCUCACCGGAUGGUUUGAACUGAACAGGACAGUUCCCGAAGCGAAUGGUUACCUGUAUGCCGAAAUUCCUAAACAUUUCACCUGGAGGAAUCAUGCCUGGCAGACACGAGUUAGACUUGGAGAUUACAUCAUUUCAAGAAUGUAUUCUGUUGGCCUUAGCCCAAAAGAUAUUUAG